GAUGCACACAGCAAUUAUGUUCCCAAAGCGCUCGAGGCGAUAGGACAAUUCUUGCUGCCACCCUUCAUCAUGGGUUUGCAGGUUACAAUUCAGUUGGAUACCCCAUGAACGUUCCGGAAGUUCAAUCUAUGCACCAACGAGGUAUCUGCAAAGAUCAAGGGUACGAUGAUCCAGAGCAGCUAAGCCGAAUAGAAAAAGAAACCCUGGGGACCAUUGCGCCGUCAUCGAUUCAUCCUUGUUCCGCGCUCCCAUCCUCAGACACCAAGCGAAUCAAGAAUGCCCUCCAAGGUGAUAAACCGUUCAUCAUGCCGAGCGUUGCGGCGCCACUUAGGCCCAAAAACACCGCAGUUGUCUCUGGUAUUUCGACGACUAGCAAGGGAUGGAAGCAGCGCAUCCUCGUCUACGUCGUUGAUUGGGAAGGCGAAGUACAGACCUCGACGAUCUUCUAUUCUCAGGGCGACGGCGCGCUUCCGAUGAAGCAAGGUCCCAACAAGGAGCCCAGCUGGACCCCCGGAAAGACCUGGGACCAGGACAUGCGCGUGACGAUGGAGUACCAGUACGCACCGGCCGACGGAGAUGAACUCAGCUGGAUCCAGGGAGACUGGGACCAGCCUAAAUUUAUCGAGCAACCAGUCCAGCCUGUACCCGACAAUGCGAAGAAGACAGACACGAUUCCUACGAAAAGCGAUGGCGGCAAUGUGAACUACCAUGUGACGACGACUGUCGUCCAGACGCCGCCCUAAAUCUGAUAAGGCUGAGAGAGUCGCUAUAAAUAUUGUAACAUUA